CACCGUCCACAACAACUUGAGACCACGCCCUCCGGCGACUGACCUACUUUCGAUCCGGACAGGUGGCGACUAAUGACGACCUGAGCAAGCUACCUGCUGCUGACGACUGGCGCUACAGCGACAGAAAUGUCGCGUUCGGUGUCAGGCGCGGACUCUCUCCAUCCCUCACUCCCAGCGGCGCCGCUUCCGCCCGGACGUCUCUGCAGACCAGCGACCCUCUCAGACCCUUCCCCACCUUCCCACACCAAGAUGCAGGAGGUGGGCAGCACGCACAAAGGUUCACAGAGGACCUUCAGCAUCCUGGAUCGUCUGUUGGCAACACAUCCAGUGUGGCUGCAGCUGUCACUAUACUACGAGUCUACCCUGUACAUCCUGCUCAGAGAACCAGUCGGGACGUUUCUGGUGCGCAAGUGCAGUGCCACUCAUAAGAAGGUGCUGUGCCUGAGAGCCACGGCGGACCAAAGCGCUACCUGUGUGAAAGAGUUCUUCAUCAGUGAGGAGGACUCCACGUUUGCCCUGGAAAGCUCUGCACUCAGCUUUCCAGACUUGUGUCGACUGGUGGCCUUCUACUGCAUCAGCAGGGAUGUGCUGCCUUUCCCUCUUCAGCUACCGGAGGCCAUCUCAAGAGCCGCAACACACAAACAGCUGGAGGCCAUAUCACACAUGGGGCAGGGCUUCUGGAGCUUACCAAGUGCCUCAGAUGUCCAAAAUGGGCCGCUGGAUCCAGUUGCAUCAACCAGUGGACAAGUUACCAAAGACCGGCGGGCAAUGAUCAGCCAGGGUCCCCAAGGGAAAGUGUGCUUCAUAAAUCCACUUUUCCUGCAGAUGGAAGUUUGUAAGCAGCCACAACUCCAGAAUCACAGUGCCUCGAAUAAACGUAACCGCUUCAAGCGCAGCAUGCGGCUCCGGCUCUCAGAGUCGUCUAUGAAUCUCUCCCUGGAAGGCGUUGGAUCAUACUCGCCUCCUCCAUCAGUGGAGAUGCCCGGCGAGUCGGAGCGGCUGCAUAAAUCAGCCACUAACUCACAGAGGAGGGUUCACGCUGGGGCAGGGGUCCUGAGGAGAACCCCUGCUGUAUCGCCGGGUUCCGCGGAGGAGGAGGACGCCAUGCCUGUGAAAGUGGAGAAUCCUCCAAAGCUUCAGCUGUCAGGCCCUGCUAGAGAUCCGGCCGUGGAAGUGUCCGCUCUGGCUCUGGAGCGCAGGCCGGCUCCCUCCUUGGCCGAGCUGGACAGCAGCAGCUCCUUCAGCAGCAUGGACGAGGAAAACGACUCAGAUCCUGAGUCGGAAAGCGCGGCUGAAACUCACGUCCAGUCUCAUGGUCGCCCCCCGCUGAUCCGCUCCCGAGGUCGUGGGGGUCUGCACCGCAUGAGUGAGGCUUUCGUGUGUUUCUUCGCUCCGGACAAGCGGCUGACGCGACUGGUGGAGGAACUGUCCAGAGACAGACGAUCGCUCUUUGGCGGCAUGAUCCAGGACUUCCUGUUGGAGCAGAGAGGGGGGCUCAAGUCACUCAUGUCGUCCUCUGCCAUAUCUCGUGUGACCUCUGUUCAGCUGCUGCAGGGUCUGCGGCUCUUUCUGUCACAAGCUAAGUGCUGCCUGCUGGACAGUGGAGAACUGGAGCCUCCCAUUGAAACCUUGGUUCCUGAAAGUGAAAAAGACCUUGCGCUGGAGCGGGCCAUGUUCUCGUGUGUCCUCAGGCCCCUCAGAUCCCCCUUAGAAAAAACUCUAGUGGCACUACACAGCCAGGACGGCUCCACGCAGCAGCUUUCCCAGAACAUGAUCCGACUGAAAGGAGACGCGGCCAUGGAGCGACUCGGCGUGCGGACGGGAGUCCCAGACAUCCGUGAGAUCGAGAGGGUGAAGCAGAAACUGUCUUUGAUGCAGCGAACACACUCGCCGAUUGACAAAAUUCUUCUGCUGCUGCAAGUCUGCAAAUGUGUCCACAAGGCGAUGGGCUCCUUGAAAGGCCAGGAGGUGAGCUGGGACGACUUCCUGCCAGCCUUGUCCUACGUGAUCGUGCAGUGUAACAGACCUCAGCUCCUGCUUGAGGUGGAGUACAUGAUGGAGCUGUUGGAACCAACAUGGCUUGGCGGAGAAGGGGGCUACUACCUGACCAGUGUUUUUGCCAGCCUGCGUCUGAUCCAGAGUUUUGACUGGGGGCAGCCCAUCUCAGGCUGCAUGACACCUGAGGCCCAGGAGGCUUUGGAGCAGUGGAGCUCCCGGCGGAGCAGAGAAGCCCAGAGACAAAAACAAAACCAGCACAACCAGAGGUGCGUUCGGAUACUCUUCCAGGACGGGGAGCGCAGCGCCGUGCGAACAUUGCAGUGGAGAGCCGGGCAGAGUAGCCAGGCACUGGCCCAGCUGUGUGCCACCACUUUUGGAGUGUCCGACCCCCAGCUAUACACCCUGUACUGGCGCAGUGGAGGCGAGAUGAGGGUGCUGCCGCCUCAGGCACAACCUCAGGACCUAGCCGGUCACAGUGAGGGAGGGCCCUCGCUCUCCUAUCUGAGGACCGACCACGACUUCAGCAAGAUGCGACGGCUCACCAGAGGUGGUGCCGUGGACCUGAGUGAGUCGGUUUGUGAGGAGUGAGUGGGAGGAACAGAAGAAUGGAGGGAGGACGAGAUGGCCCUCACUUUCUCUCUUUUCCUCUCUUUAAUUCUGACUCUCUCCCGCUGUAUUGUGUCUCAUCAUGGGUCAGGACUCGUGACACCCCUUGGGCAGACCACUCUCCCUAAGAUGGAGCCACAUCCAAAGCAGAGGCAGGACCUGCACAGAGACUCGGGCCUACAGUCGUACGAUGUACCGCUAGUGUAGAGUGCUAUUUGUGACAUGGAAAUGUGUAAUAAAUGGAUUUGGUUGUGAAUUUGAACCUCCGGCAGGAAGGAGCUAAAACAAGAGGAGGCUAAAAUCUGAAGAGCCAGUAAACUACUGUUGCCUGGAAACAAAAUCACCUUGCGUGCGCACAUGAGAAGGCAAACUGUCCAUUCUGGUGAUGUAACACUUUCACGGUAUAACUCUGGGCUGCAGAAGCAAAAGUGAUUUUUGAUUCACUUUUAUGUGUUGAGGUCUAAAAUGUUUACAAACCUUCCUGUGACACAUCCGUGUACGAUUUGCAGGUAACGUGGGUCAGAACCUCCAAACCAAAGUGGGCUUUUGUAUGCUGCAAAUGGUGUUAACAUGAAAUGAAAUCAGGUCAAGAUUCCAUAUUUAUUUUUAGAAUCUCCCACAGAGAUGGUUAUUUAUAUAUUUUUGGGCAUAAACGCAGAUACUCCUCCUUGCAUGCGUAUUAUGUUGGGUGAUUUUGGCAGGUGAGGCGAGUAGGAGGGAAGUGAUAGAUCAGCGCUCUGUUUUUAAACCGUGUGAGAAAAAUUAAACGACAUUGAAGGCAGCGCGGACCUGCAACAGAUUUAUCCAAUGACUUGUGAAUGUAUUCAAAUAUUUUUCUUCGUGUUUUCUCUUGGCUGUAAUGUGGAAUAUCUGUGAUCGAGAGGACAGUCGGACCAACACACCAAAACCUGGAGGUUCUCCCCUGCAGGUCUCACAAUAAAUUGACUGUUUCAACCAACAAAAUGAGUAAUAAUACCUAAUAGUGUUCUAUUUUGGGACGGGGGAGGGAGGGCAGACAUGAAAUUUGAAGGUAUAUUUGGCCUGGCCAAUGGGGUUUUUAAUGUUUUUAUGCAUAACUGCAUGCUUUUUCAUUAAACGUGAAGGUUUUGCGAAUGUGAGGUACAUAUGUGUGACGCAUGUGUUCAAUGUGUGUGCUUUCUCUCUUUUUUCUUUUUUCUUUUUUUUACAUUUCUUUGUAUCUCGUCAGGUAACUCGCAAUAAAAAUAUUGCAAUAUG